UAAUCUUUAACACCAAACAUAACCUUCAAAAACUUAACAUCACCUAACUUUCAAUUUUUGUCUCUUUAAAGUUAGUACCACAUUAAUCUUUAACUCAUUGCUAACACAAUUACAAAAAUGCUACUAGUAUUAUGUUUUUUGGUCAACAUGUAAAGAUUUUAAAACGGCUAACAAACCCUACAAUCUCGUCACAAAAUCAAUUACUAUUAUACUCCAUAUAUUUUCAACUUUCCAUUUUCAUAUGAUAACACCAUCCAACGGCUCCAACCUUUUAAACCCAAAAUCACAUUCGAAAUCUUUUCUCAACUUCAACGGUCGAAAAAAACCCACCCACUUAAAUUCCAACACCACCUUCCUAAACUAGCCGUUAUACUAUACUACUCAAAACACUCCUCAGUUCUUCCCUCUCCCAAUUUCUCCUCUGUAAACAGCAAAAAUCUCAAAAUUCGCUUCCAAAAAAGAUCCAAACUUUGCCAAAAACAAAAUUAACAAUCGAAAAUCUGAAUAAUAUUCAAAUCCAAUUCAAUAUCAAUGGUGAUUAGUUCCUCAAAUAGAUCCCCAUCCCCAAUUUCAAUACGAUCAAAUCCUAACCCUAACCCUAAUUCCAAUUCAAGAAAUGAUCAAGAACGAGAAGGGGUUGGUGUUAGGAAGAGUUUUAGUGGAUACCCAUUUGCUAAAUCUUCCAUUGCUACUCAACCCAGAACUCUUACCCCCAAUACCCCUGUUAAUAGUCCUGCUGAGUAUGCUAGAAGAAGUUCAUUUGGUAGAGAAUGUGGGGCUGGCAUUGGAGAUCAUGAGCAAAAAGAGAAUGAAAGAGAUCCCAAUUUGAGGCCGAUUGCACGAGUUCGAUCCCCUUCUGUUUUAAAGGGAACCAAGAACUUCAUGUCACCAACAAUCUCUGCAGCCUCGAAGAUCAAUCCAUCGCCAAGGAAGAAAGUCUUAGGAGAGCGAAACGAAGCCAUUCGCACUUCUGCUUCUCUGUCUGAUGGGAAAUUUCAUUUCUUUUCGACGAAUUCAUUGGAUUUUAGUGGUGAAAAUGAGUCAAAAACAGACAUGGGCACUCCUCCUUUCUCAAUGAUUUCAGAUUUUAACAAAGUGGGCAAUGAGGUCUCCAACACAGAACUCGAGAACAAAGUUGCUGAUUUAAGUCCUGGAGUAGGAAAGAUUGAAUCAGAAUCUGAUCUAGUGGUACUCAGCCCUGAAAUACCCUUGAAGUCCACUACAAAAUCUCCUAAGAUUUUACCUCAAAGUGAAAUGCCUAAAGUUGUUGCUGAUUAUAAUGUGGGUUUGGAUAUCAAAAACAAUAUUUCUUCUUCACCAUCUGUGAUUGCUCCUCUUGAUGCUGACCCAUUUCAUUCACCAUAUGAUCCCAAAACCAAUUUUCUUUCCCCUAGGCCUCAAUUCCUUCACUACAAACCCAAUCCUAGAAUUGAAAGCUAUAUCAAUCAAGGUGUAAGGUUGGAAGAUGACUUUGGUUCGGAUUCAGUUUCUGAGGCUGAGAAUAGUGAUGAAGUCCAGUCAGAAACUUCACAGGAAGUACAAGAAGAAACUUCUUCUUCAGCUGAGCCUUUAUCUUCGGAAUCAAGCUCCCCGAAAAAUGAGGAGCUUGAUGAAAUUGUUGAGUCCAAAAUUGAGCCGAGGACUCGGUUUAGUGGGAAGUGGAAAGCUGUCACUUUCCUAUUUUUUAUCCUGCUUGGCACCAUAUCCUUUUCCAUGUAUUAUCCAGGAGAUGGAAAUGCUAUAAACCAGGAAAAGAUUAUUUCUCGGAUUUACAGCAAUUCUCGGGUAGCUGCUGAUCUUGCCAAAGAUAAUUUCAAUGUGCUCUUCUUAAAUGCCAAGGUGUUGUCUGCUCAAUCAGUGGGUUACUUGUCCCAAAUGAUUUCUAAGGAAAGAGAAAUUAAGUUUAGUCCAUUGCCAUUUAGUAACUUAACUGGUUGGCAAGAAGAGGAGGUUGAGAAUGAUUAUUUGGUAAAAGGUUUUGAGUUUAGGCCUUGGUUGGGAAAGGAAGUUGGAGUAGAUACAGCAAUGAAAAAAGCGGCUGAAACUGUCAUCUUUGAGGAUGAAACAGAAUUGAUAAAGCUACAUGAUUGUGAGGCGGAUGUAUUCGAACAAAGUUCUGGCCUUCCUAUCAUUGACCAAGUGAUAGAGGAGUAUGAACCCGAAAACACAGAAGAAAGUUCUGUGCUCGAGGAAUCUGUAUCUGAGGAUGAUGCUAUCGCCAAAAUGUCUGAAGAAGCAUCACUGUCUGACAAACCAGAAAGACUAGAAAAAACACAUGUGCUUGAGCACAAGGAUUCUGCUGUCAAGAUGACUGAAGGAUCAUCAGUGCUUGAUGAUCCUGAAAAUCAGGAAGCAGAACAUUAUCUUGUAACUUCUGCUGUUCACGAUGAGUCCCAAAGUGAUUUGAAGGUUGAGGGUCAACCAUCUUCAUUCUCACCUGACCCUGAAGUUCACUCUCAAGUUACAACAGCAAAUGUUCCAUUUAGUGAUGUUGAGUUAUUGUCUGAGGAAAGCGAGGAGGUUAAGGUUCAAUCAGUUUCAAGAAGUUUGGUUGUUGAAGGUGCAGAUUUAAUUUCUCAGAUUCUUGAGGCAAGUGAGAGAAGUUUGGCUCCAAUUACAGCAGCAGUCAGCUUGGUUGUUUUGUCUCUAUUGGCUGCCGCAGCCUUUAACUUUGUGAAGAAGUCAAAGAAAGAGACUCCAGCAGUUUCAACACCUUUAGCUGAUGCUCAUGUCGUGCAGAAGGAAAAUUCAUCUUUUGUUCCCAUAGCAAGGAAAAUCGAUCCUAAGGUCCGUGAGAACCCAUCUUCCUGCAGCGGUCCAGUUGAGGUAGAUAUGAUUGGUGAGUCCUGCCCCUCAGAGUUGAGCAGCUUCCAAAAGACCUCAUCUUAUUACAAGAAGACGGACCCAAGGGGUAGCGAUGAAGCUCAAAGCGUGGAAAAGAGUUCUAGGAGGAAUCACAAGAGAGAGUCUCUUGCUUCUUCUUCAUCUGAAUACACAAUGGGUUCAUCUUAUGGUAGUUUCACCACUUACGGCAUAGUACAUUCCAAACAACUAGAUGACGAAGUGGUGACUCCAAUCAGGCGCUCAAGCAGAAUCAGGAGCAAAGUCACUUCUCCGUGACAAGUUGGGAGUUUGUUUGUUACUCUGAAGUGUUGCUUCUUAUCUAGAAUUUAGUUUCUGACUACUAGCUCAUUGUUUUUCUGAUUCUUAGCAGGUGCCACAAUCUAGUUUCUGACUUGGAUUGUAACUACUAGUUAUUUAGCUGAUGACAGUGGCAUAUUGUAGGAUAACUUGCCCGUUUCUAUAUUUGUCAUGGCAAACCUGGUUUGCUGUAGCCCGUAUCUAUAUUUGUCAUGGCAAACCUGGUUUGCUGUAGCCCGUAUCUAUAUUUGUCAUGGCAAACCUGGUUUGCUGUAUUUUUUUUUUUAUCAAGCUUGUCUCUAUAUUAUUUCAUUUUAAAAAGUAAUGCCUUCUGCUUUUAAUGAUAAGGAGUUAUCUCAGUACCGGAACCACCCAAACAACAGGCUCAUUCUCAUAAAC